AUGCAUUAUUUACUUUUUUUACAAAUUUUUCAAAACUUUGGCCCGACACAGCAGCAAAUCAGGCCGCUGCUGCAGCAAUCGCAGCCUAACAUAGUAGAGGCCAGACAGCAGAACCUGCGGAAAAUACAGCAGCUGCGACACACUCUGGAGCAGGCCCAGCAGCAAGAACAGCAGUACAGCCGUCAAAUGAUGGAGGUUAUCGGGUUCCAUGGUGAUUCUUUGAACCUCCAAGAAGAGCAGCAAAACCAGCUUCGCGCCCAGCUGCAGAGACAGAUGAAUAUGGCUCAGCCCAUGCAACCACAAGGUAUGGCCCCGCAGCAACGAAUGAUCCGACCUAGCGGACCUGCCAUGACAAGUAACCCUGGACUGAGACAUCUGUUGCAACAGCAACCACAGUAUCGUCAGCAGCAACAACAGCAGCAGGUGAUAGGGAUGAAUCAGAUGGGUGGACCACGAGCUUACCAGGCGUGA